AAGAGCAGGCCACAGCCCCAGAUGAGAAUCCACAGGUGAUAGACACACAGAAAAGGGAAGUAAAAAAGAGACUGUGUCACAGACAACAGGAUUGGGCCAUGUGAGUCAAACCAGUGUGAACCUGAACUACACAUGUCAUCUUCAACAGGUGUCCCAGGAAAUCUAAAACAACCACAUCCUCCUAAGCCUCCACCAAGGCCAAACGCCAAAGGUACAGGCAAAAGACAAAAAAUAAAAUCUAUUCAUUCACAGUUUGAUAAUGUAGAGAGCAAUGAUGGAAGUGUCUCCUUACAACAGCAGACUACAACUUAUACUGGAAAAGCAAAACCAAUAUCCUCUUCCCCUGACACAUGCACCUCCAUCACCAACCAUCAACAUUUAGCUGAUGACUCAUUAGAACAAUGCAAUGUGAUUCCCUCCCCUCCUCUCUCUGUGCCAAAGCUAGAGGAUAGUGAUGGGCAGAGACAGGUUGUUCCCAUGCAGAGGGAGAGAGAACCUGUCUGUUACACUCAUGUCACCACCCCACCACCCAUCACUCACCUUCUGCCUGAGAGGGAGAUGGCAAGCGCAGUGCCAACACAACAUAACAACAGUAUGGAUUUCACCCAGACAGAGGACAGAACAACAGGUGCCUCUAUAGAUCCAUCUGUUCCAGUAGAGAGGCCUAAACCGAAGGGGCCUCCGCCACCUGUCCCAAAAAAGCCACAAAAUCCCUUUAAGAUUCCAGCUACAAAAACAAGCUCUAUGGAUGAACAGAAAAGAGGUGAUGAUUAUCAUCACAAAGAGGAAAAGAAGAAGAGGAGACAACCACAUCAAGUCAGCAAAGGAAAUACUUGCGACACAGCUUCUCGGGAUAUGUGUGUGUUAUGGGAUGACACAGGUUCUUCUUACACUGUACCAUCCAACAUGUACACACCAGAUCAUUUAGAUUCAUUGGAUGAUUUUUCACAACAACAAAGGGCACCAACUAGAGAGGAAAAGUAUAGAAAUAUCAUAGAUUUUGAUGCUUGGGCAAGAAUGGUGAAACUUGCUGCGGAAGAGGAGAAACCAAAACAACUUGACAUGUUGGACGGACGACCUUUUUUGGAAAAGCAGGCUAAACUCAAAGGCCCACCACCUCCUGUACCCAAAAAGUCCCAAAAGCCAUUUGUUCCAUUAGAAACAGUUCCAAUCUCAGAGGACAUAGCUUGGCCUUCAGAUGACGAGGAGAUACGAGAACGAGAGCUGGCCUUGUGUGAGAGAAUGGAAGAGGAAGAUGAUGACCCUGAACCAGAACCUGACACGGUCAGCACAGAUGUCCGUUGGAAGAACCUUGGUGACCACAGAAUCCAUAGUGGUCUUGGUGAGCCUACCGAUCGUGAGUCUGUGGCUGAGCUUGAAACUGAGACAUACAGGCCUGUGGCUGAGCUCAUAAAGGAGACCAAACAGAUGCACCAGAGAAUCAGGCAUGCAGACCAGACAGAACCCCUCAUGGCCAAGUCCAUGAUCAGGCAUGCAGACCAGACAGAACCCCUCAUGGCCAAGUCCAUGAUCAGGCAUGCAGACCAGACAGAACCCCUCAUGGCCAAGUCCAUGAUCAGGCAUGCAGACCAGACAGAACGCUUCAUGGCCAAGUCCAUGAUCAGGCACGCAGAGCGGACAGAACCUCCCAUGGCCAAGUCCAUCGACGGGGCUGUGGACCUGGGCCAGAGCCUGAAAGUAUCACAGAUGAAGAAGGCCUUCGAUUUCACUAAGAAGCCUGCUGAAAAACCACCAGAGACAAAGCCUGAACCCAAAAAAGAUAUGUUCAGGCGAGUGGUGCGAGCGAGUAAGUUCCGUCAUGUCUUUGGCCAGGCGCUGAAGAACGACCAGUGCUAUGAUGACAUCCGCGUCUCCCGGGUCACAUGGGACAGCUCCUUCUGUGCCGUCAACCCAAAAUUCGUCGCCAUCAUCAUCGAGGCCAGUGGGGGCGGAGCCUUCCUUGUCCUCCCUCUGCUAAAGACUGGUCGCAUAGACAAGGCCUACCCAACAGUAUGUGGUCAUACGGGUCCUGUCCUGGACAUCGACUGGUGCCCUCACAAUGACCAUGUCAUCGCCAGCGGCUCAGAGGACUGCACAGUCAUGGUGUGGCAGAUCCCAGAGAAUGGGCUGGUCACCCCGCUGGCUGAGCCUGUGGUGGUGUUGGAGGGACACUCGAAGAGGGUGGGCAUCGUCACUUGGCACCCCACGGCCCGGAAUGUCCUCAUGAGUGCAGGCUGUGACAACCUGAUCAUCAUCUGGAACGUGGGGACGGGCGAGGCCAUGAUCCAGCUGGAGGACAUGCACCCUGACGUCAUCUUCAGCGCCUGCUGGAGCCGCAAUGGAGCCCUCAUCUGCACCGCCUGCAAGGACAAGAAUAUCCGUGUCAUUGACCCCCGCAAGGAGAAGAUCGUGGCUGAGAAGGACAAGGCCCACGAUGGAGCACGGCCCAUGAGAGCCAUCUUCCUGGCUGACGGAAACAUCUUCACCACCGGCUUCAGCCGCAUGAGCGAGCGACAGCUAGCCCUCUGGAACCCCAAAAGCAUGGAGGAGCCAAUAUCAGUCCACGAGCUGGACACCAGUAAUGGAGUGUUGCUGCCCUUCUAUGAUGCAGACACCAAUAUAGUGUACUUGUGUGGGAAGGGUGACAGUAGCAUCCGAUACUUUGAGAUAACAGACGAGGCUCCAUUUGUGCACUACCUCAACACCUUCUCCAGCAAGGAGCCCCAGCGAGGUAUGGGCUACAUGCCCAAACGAGGACUGGACGUCAACAAGUGCGAGAUUGCCAGGUUUUAUAAACUACAUGAGAGAAAAUGUGAGCCAAUCAUUAUGACAGUCCCCCGAAAGUCGGACCUGUUCCAGGAUGACUUGUACCCGGACACAGCAGGACCAGAUUGUGCCAUUGAGGCGGAGGACUGGUUUGAUGGGAAGAACGGCGAGCCCAUCCUGAUCUCCCUGAAAAACGGCUAUGUCCCCGGCAAGAACCGCGACCUCAAGGUGGUCAAGAAGUCUAAUGUCUUGGAGGGCAAGCCAGCCAAGAAAGCAGCAAACACCUCGUCUGCCGAGAGCAAGGCCUCUCCACAUCCAUCUAUACAAAAUGAAGGGAAACUGGAGGAGCUGCUGCGAGAGGUCAAGUCGCUCAGGGACCUAGUCACCCUACAGGACCGUCGAAUUGCCAAACUGGAGGACCAGAUGUCCACGGUCGCCAUCUAAGACUCAGCCCCCGCUCAGGACCAUUCAUUGAUUGGGAGAUAAUCGAGUGAACAGGGCCAGUCACUGCCAAAAUUUGAGAAUUCGGCUUCGUCAUUCCGCUUGGAAUCUUCCCAUCGACGAUCCCAAGCACACAUUCCGAGACGAACUUUGUUUUUUAUCAUGUCUACCCCUCACACUUACCUCUAAAAUACUUAGAGAAACAACUGUUGCAAUUCAUAGUCCACCUUUUUACUGGGGAUGAAACGCAUUUGAAUAACUGCCAUUUUUUUGGUUGAUUGAAAAGUCUUACCAUUUUGUUAUUGUUUUAAAUUGUGGUCAAGAACAUUCUGAUGGGAAGUGUGUACUUACUGCAAUACUCUCAACAAUCAUAUGUAGCCACCAGUAUUGCCAUAUUCCCUUGGUUUUUGUGCUGCCAAAAGAAUGUUUGUGUGGGUGUGGGUUUUCAUUUAUUUAGUCUUUUCUCCUGUUUUGCAUUCCAGUUACAGACUAUAGGGUAAUAGAAUGAUUUAGGCAAAGAGAAGAAUUAUCUUUGAACCAACUAUAGCUGUUACACUGUUGCAAAAGAAAGAGAAAGAUAUCCAAAUUUUUCCGCCACGCCAGCUGCUCGUAUUAAGCAUCAGAUCACUGAAUGUGAAGGAAGUCUGACGAUAUUGUUAGUUCUUCUGGGUGUAGAUUUUAACUGUGUGGGGGUGUCGGCAGGCAGUGGCGUAAACUGCAGCUCUCGCUGGCAUAAAUGUAGUGGUGCCUCUGUCACGCUGUGGAGGGUAUUAGGGCUCAAUCUGAGGUCACCCACUCCGGUGCAUGUUGUGGCAUUGGAAAGGGACCUCUCUCAGCAUUUCUUUCACUCAACCAUCUAGUUCAUGUAGUAAUGUGCAUGCAAUAAAGAUUUUACACAUGGAAAUGUCUUCUCCACAAUAAAUCCCUUAUUCUUUGUUUGCGCUAACCUUUCUUUCUACCUUUUUCACCUCUGUCUGUCUUGCUGGCUUGAAUUAAAUGAUUCACACACUGAAACCGGCAGAGCAAUGCACAGUCUGAUAGACAGAUCUCAAGUGGGAUUUUAGAAACCGUUAUGUGAAUAUACAGUAUAACAUGAUCUUUUGAUAACACCACAUAAUCUGAAAUGAUUGUAAAUGACAACCAGGACAAUUCAAGAUCCAAUAAUUAGUCUUAAGUACAAUAAUGAAAGAUCCUUUGCUCCAUCAGCAGAGCGCCAGUGGCAACAGUCUAGAGGGGAAAAACAUUUCAACCAUGGAGUAGAGGUUUUCAUUGCUUUGGCGGGCCCAUAAAAGUCAUUUUCUGCUCCUGGCUUCCUGUUGGGGGUUGUUCUCAUCACACAGCAUGGAGGGAAGGGGGGUCAGAGGGGCUGUGUCUGGCAACCAGUGGGUGGAUGAGGGGAUGAAUGUGGACUAUGGGGAUUUUGUAGAUUAGAUGAAAGGCUAGAAGUGGAGGGAUAACAGUUCAAGGAAGAUUAAGUGGAUUUGGUGGGAACUUGUUUUUUGGGGGAUAUGUUACCUACUGAUACAGCAUUUACAUAAGUUAAUGGAUAAGGAUCACUGAAAGGCUUACCAGCACACAUUUUACUCCUGUAUUUCCUCUCUCUUGACCACCCACCUCCUAAAAAUAAUUUGCUGGGAAAACAGCCAGUUUGAAGGUCACUGUGGGAUAAACGUCCUCUUUUGUAGCUGUGUUUGUGUGGCUACUCAACUUUGUUGUGUGUUAAAAUUCUGGUGUAUCAAAUUCCCAUGCUGUCUUUGCAAAAUAACAUUUUGAACAGUUUAGGUUCUGUGGGGGAAAUAUAAUUUGUUGUUUUUAAUGGAUCAAAUGUCAUGUUUAUUAUCAGUCUGACAAUUUAGUGAAUAUAGUGCUCAAACUCCAUGCAGGCAAGAAUAUUUUGCUUUACCUGUCAUGCAUUGUGUGAUGAAGUAAACCUAUACCAAGAAAACUAUUUCAGCCUGCAACUAAACUAGUGGUUGUGAUGAAAUCUAUUAUCCCUGAGACAACUACCUCUGUGAAGGGGUUUAGCUCCAGAGCAACAUCCGUUCACAAAUUACUCACAAGACGAGAACAGGAAGUGGUGGUUUCCAUGGAGACAGGUUUCAAUACUUGCUGCCACAUUUCCACAGGAGGUCUGUAGUUUACACUGCACAGCAAUGAUGCUGGUUACAGGAGGUCUGUAGUUUACACUGCACAGCAAUGAGCCUGGUUAGAGGAGGUCUGCAGUUUGCACUGCACAGCAAUGAGCCUGGUUAGAGGAGGUCUGCAGUUUGCACUGCACAGCAAUGAGCCUGGUUAGAGGAGGUCUGUAGUUUGCACUGCACAGCAAUGAGCCUGGUUAGAGGAGGUCUGCAGUUUGCACUGCACAGCAAUGAGCCUGGUUAGAGGAGGUCUGUAGUUUGCACUGCACAGCAAUUAUGCUGGUUACAGGAGGUCUGUAGUUUACACUGCACAGCAAUGAUGCUGAUUACAGGAGGUCUGUAGUUUACACUGCACAGCAAUGAGCCUGUUAGAGGAGGUCUGUAGUUUGCACUGCACAGCAAUGAUGCUGGUUACAGGAGGUCUGUAGUUUGCACUGCACAGCAAUGAGCCUGGUUAGAGGAGGUCUGUAGUUUGCACUGCACAGCAAUGAUGCUGGUUACAGGAGGUCUGUAGUUUGCACUGCACAGCAAUGAGCCUGGUUAGAGGAGGUCUGUAGUUUGCACUGCACAGCAAUGAUGCUGGAUACAGGGGGUCUGUAGUUUGCACUGCACAGCAAUGAUGCUGGAUACAGGGGGUCUGUAGUUUACAGUGUAACUCUCCCAAGCACCACACGUUCUUCCUUAUUAGACUCCAGACACCUAACGUCUACCACAGAGGGAAAUAUCUGAGACACACCCAUUCCACUUAAAUAUGACUCAGCACCUCAGACACUUCUGUUGAUAAUUCCAUUUCGAACCCACUUCAACUAUCAUAUGAGAGAGAGAAACUUUGAUAUUUCUAAAGUAUGAUAUGGACUGUGGUUUGGGCAGAUUUUGGGAUGUAAUUAAUGAUCUGCUUUUGUGUGGAUAAAUGUCUGCUGAAUGUAGUUAUCUGAGUUUCACAUUCUUAGAGCACAAACAAUAUUUCAUCAUGAUGUUCUGGUGCCAUUUCGAAAAUGCUAUGUAUUGAUUGGGGACUUAACAGGGUUUCUGGGUGAUUUGUGAUGUUUUACUUGUGCUUCCCAUGUCUGUAUUUUAGUAUUUUAAUCUGUAUAUGUUUGGGUAUAAUGUGUAUAUUUACGUUGUAUAUACAGGGCACAUUUGUAAAAGAGACCUAGGUCUCAAUACGUUUUCCCUUAAAAUAAAAAAUACAAAUGAAUUAAUACAAAAUAAAAACUGUCCAUAAAUGCACUAUAAAUUGAAUCAGAUUAUCCCCUGAACCACUUCAAAUCAGGGAAAGGUAACAAACCUCUGGGCUUGUCAGUUUCACACUUGAGUCAGUGCAAAGAAUUUAACUUCUGCAGAACAGUGCGCAUUUCCUGUUUCUUCAUAUCAGGUAGAGAGCUCUGUUGUGCCUCUACCAUCAGCUCGUCAAGGCAUGCCAGCAUGUGCUUAACUCCAGCAUCACCAAUUUGAGCCUCCUAUCCUUCCACGACUUCUACUACACUUCCCCAUCAGUGAGAGUUGGCACCAUGAUGUCAUGGUAUAACAAGGUGUAUCCUGUUCUGUUGUGGAGCCUGUUUCUGUUGUAUUCUGAGGGAUCUCAGAACUUCACACUCACAGAAGACAGAGGCAGUAAUAUGAGCAUCAAUACAGCAGCAACACAAAAGAGCAGUUCGUCUAUGGUGGAAACCCAUACGGUGAUGGACAACAGCAGUACCCGUGAGGUAGGCGGUGCCAUUACUGUGGGUGUUAACAACUCAGAGGCAACCAUGAUGACCAGCUUGGGUCCAACCCUUUCUCCCUUAGCAAUGCUCACUUCAUCAGGUACAACCCCAUCUCCCCUCACCACCAACCAACCCACCAGCCAGACGUCCUCUUCCCAUGGGCCAUCUAGCACAUCUGACCUCUUGUCCACCACCACUCCCAGCUCUACCAUCUGGUCCUCCAUCACAGAACUUAACACCACAUCUGAGGUGUCCUCCACCACUGGGCCCUCCUCCAUCUCUGGACCUUUCUCCACCAAUGUCUCAGCCUCCACCCCAGGGCCUAGCUCUACCAUUGUCUCAUCCUCCACCCCAGGGCCUAGCUCUACCAUUGUCUCAUCCUCCACCCCAGGGCCUAGCUCUACCAUUGUCUCAUCCUCCACACCAGGGCCUAGCUCUACCAUUGUCUCAUCCUCCACCCCAGGGCCUAGCUCUACCAUUGUCUCAUCCUCCACCCGAGGGCCUAGCUCUACCAUUGUCUCAUCCUCCACCCCAGGGCCUAGCUCUACCAAUUUCUCAUCCUCCACCAAUGAGACUUUCUUAACCACUUUUUCACCCAUCUCAACCACUGACAAUUCUACCAACUCCUCUUCUGGGGUCCUGAUUCCCAAGAUGAAAACAGAGAAGUUCCCCAUCUUGAUCACCAAGACAACGACCACCAUGACAACGUUACCUUCUAAAAAAGAUCCAUCAGGGGGAGGGGGUCUGCCCUGCUCUCCUACCCGACGGGAUGGUCUGGUGAGCCAGUGUCUGAUUGCCAUUGCCUCCCUGGCUGCAGUGGCCACCUUCUUCAUGGUCAGCUGCAUCAUCCUCUGCACCAAGUACUCCUCCAGGAAGCAUCGCUACAGAGUGGGCACAAACAAUCGGGGCACUGAGAUGGUGUGUAUCUCUGCCCUGCUCCACGAUGACAAUGGUCCCCAUUGGAGACCCCACAUCCCCAAGAGCAACGGAGCCCUGCUGCCUGGAACAGAGUUGGAUAGUGACGAGGAGGGGGGAGAUGAUGUAACCCUCCACAGCUUCCUCCCAGACAAUGAGCAACGAGUCUAGAGUGUAGAUAUGCAGACUGUGUCAGACUCUGUGAAGUGCUAUAUGGUCCAAUUACACAGGGUACACAACUCCAGGCCUGAUGUUAAUGGUAAUCGCAGCCAUCUUAAAGUUCAUCAAGGGAAAGGAUUAAAAACAGAGACUGUGGGGGCGUAUAAAACCUUUGCAGUUUUCCUACUUACUCUGGGUUAAAUGACCACUUUUCUUCAAUUGAUGAGACUUUGAAUUGUACAUCUGACUGGUCGACUGCUGUCAAUAUACAAACUGUUGCUCUUAGAAUAUAUUUUAGCGUCCUCUUUGAAGUUGUUGGUUGGGCCUCGCUGCACAUUCAUCUACUGCAACCAGUAGAGGAAGAGACAGAAACCACAAAUGGAGAACCAAUGAUACGUUACUUUAUUGUGACAUGUUUACAGCAAACAGUGACAAAGUUUGAAGAAGUCAGGUGGUCAAUCAUCCUCAAAUGUAACGCAACCCAAUGCAGCCUCUGAGUAGUUCUGAGUGAGAUUGAGUUUUUUCACCAUUGCACUGACAUGAUUCUGUUGAUAAUGAAGUUCACCUAAUAGGAUGAGAACAGUGAUGUAAACAAACGGUUUGCUACACAGACAGUUUAUUCCAGAGAUUUAGGAUUCUACAAUUGAUUUAUAGAUCUGGAAGUAAAGUUCAUGUUAUUUUUGAAGAGAAUCGUUCCUGCACAUACACACUUAUAGAGCUAUAAAAAGACCUAGACUGCUUAUGAUGACUCACUGUUCGUUUGGUCACUGGGUGGAUGGGGAUAUUUAGAGUUGUAUGUGGUCAGAAUUUUAUAGCCUUCAACGUUCUGUGUGGAAAUACAUGAUACAAAAAAAACAAAAAACAUUAUUUUAUUUUAUACAUGCUUCAGAAAAUAUGUAUCCUUGUGAGCAAUUUCAUUUAUUUGUUUUCUGCAAAAAAGCUUGUUCUUCUGGAAGUCUUGUUAGGUCUUGAUAACAAAACCAUCUGCCUUGAUGUACAGUGAGCCAAAACAUAGACUGUAUGAAGUAUAUCAAAUAUGCUCAGGGUCAAGCGAAUGUGAGAUGUGAUGAAAUGUCCUUUAUAGGGUAAGUCAAAUAAGUCUGUAACCUUCUGUAUUGAGUGUCUGUGUAGACAGUCCCAGACAUUAGGCAGAUGUUUCUUGUGUCCUUGUCUUGUCAUAAUACAAAGAUACAGUAUCAUUGCUAAACCCAGACCCCCUUCAAACCUUUCAAGCCCUCAGAUGUUUGACUUCUUUUUUACUUUUUGGGGUCUUCUCUCCGUGUGAGAGAGGGACAGGUUUCCUAGAGACACCACAUGUUUAUCUCUAAGUCCAGUCAAACACAAUGAAGAGGCUCCAGAAUUUAACUCAAAAUUGAUCACAAAGGACUGGAACAAAUGAAUAGAUCAUAACGAAACUGUAAAGAAAUGACAAAGUGAUAUUAAACAACGGGCAGCUGGCUAA